AUGGGCACUGGGCACAGUACUUCUUUAUGGUUUGAUAACUGGCAUCCAUGGGGUCCCCUCUACAAGCUGCUAGAUGGAAGAUCUACUUCUAUCCUGGGGCGAGCUAUUUGGGCUAAGGUUAGUUAUGUUGUCCUCAAUGGUGAAUGGCACUGGCCUCGCCCAAGGAAUAACUUAAUCCAGCGUAUCCAAAAUGCUAUUCCUCCUACCUUACUGCCUCAAGCUGAUAAAGAGGAUGAAGUGGUUUGGACAGUGUCCCCAACUGGGCAGUAUGUGACAAAACAUACUUGGGAAGCUGUUAGGCAUCAUGGUGUGAAGGUUCAAUGGGCUCCCCUUGUCUGGUUCUCCAAGAAUGUCCCUAAAUGGGCAUUUAUUUUAUGGUUGGCUUGCUUAAAUAGGCUUUCUACAAAAGAUAGGCUUCGAAAAUGGGGAAUGGAUGUAGAUCCAAAAUGCACGCUGUGUUCUAUCUCGGAUGAAACUCUACAACAUCUGUUUUUUUAUUGUUCCUAUUCUAGAGUCAUAUGGGAACAGGUUCUGUCUAGAUUCUCGAUGCAUAAAGGCGUUGGUUCUGGGAUGCAGAGCUCAGUUGGGCUAUUAGGAAUUGCAGGGGAAAAAGCUUUAAAGCCUUAUAACAUCAGAUUAAGGACUUGUUCAUGGCGACAUAUUGACAAUACGUUGGAGAAUCAAAGACUUUUGGAUCUUUGGAAUCUUCCGAACAGAAUUGUAAUAGGUUUCAGUUGUAUAGCUUCUGAUCAUUGUGGGUUUAUACCCGUUGUUGAUUUGGUUGGUUGGUUUUAA